GCUAAUGCACUCACUGCUCUAUCGUGUUGUAGAUUUACAUGUACUGUAGGGUAUCUAUGUGUAUGCGCUUAUGUCGUGCAUAACAGCGGGAUAUCACGGGUACGCUGUGCAGUUUUCACCGUACCCGGAUAAACGAUUGGCUUGUGUGGCAGCUCAAAAUUUUGGAAUAUCAGGUCGUGGAGCGCUGUACGUCAUCGAUACUGAGGCUGAUGUCCCUCGCGUGGGGAGCACGUAUGCGUGGAGUGACGGCCUCUAUGACGUCACGUGGUCAGAGCGCGAAGCCAACAUCCUGGUGACAGCGAGCGGAGACGGGAGCAUUCAGGCGUGGAACACGGCAUUGCCGAGUGCGAAUCCAGUCAGCAUUUGGCAUGGUCACAAGAAAGAGGUUUACAGUGUACACUGGAGCCAGGUCAGAACAGAGCAGAUGGUGGUGUCAGGUUCCUGGGAUAUGACUCUAAGGCUGUGGGAUCCGGAUCGUGGACAAACCCUAUCCAUCCUCACUGGCCACGAUCACAUUGUAUACAGUGGUGUGUGGUCACCUCGUAUACCAGGAUGCAUUGCUUCAACUUCAGGCGAUCAAACGCUGCGCGUCUGGGACAUCAAGCGUCCGCACAUGGCGUGCAUUGUCAUUCCCGCCCACGAUGCCGAGGUGCUCUGCUGCGAUUGGUGCAAAUACGACAGCAGCGUCGUGGCGACGGGAGCUGUCGACGGUGUCGUGCGCGUGUGGGACCUCCGUAACCCGCGGCGAUGGCUGGCGCAGCUUCCGGGCCACGAGAACGCCGUGAGGAGAGUGAAGUUUUCUCCACAUGAGGCAAAGAGACUGGCAUCCUGCUCCUAUGACUUCUCCAUCAGACUCUGGGAUUACGGGUUGAGCAGCAGCGCUCUGCACACUGUCUCUCAUCACUCCGAGUUUGUCUACGGACUCGACUUUGACCUGCACACGCCCGGACGGAUAGCAGACUGUGCAUGGGACCAAACGGUCAAGGUUUUCUAUGCACCACCGUCACUACAGCAACCGCCUCCACAUGUGAAACUAGGCUGACCGUGCAGGGAAUGAAUCAGCCAGCAUCUAUCCUUCAGCUCGAAGAGCAGGAAGAGGUGAUGUUCCCAUGACGACGUUGCUAAGCAACCAUCUGUUGAAUGGGUGGGAAGAGCAGGGAGAUAAUAUUGGUCUUACAGUAAUACACUAUCAAAACCCUAUCCCAAGGUCAUGCCAAGUAGAGGAUAUAUAGGCUGUAUAUCUUAUUAUUACUGUUAUUAAUUGAUCUAGGAGUUAGAAUUUCAUCAUAGGAAGUUUAAUAACGAAACACUACACUCUACGACCUUACACUCUAAACAUAAUUGUUCAGUGGUGGUGGUUUAAUUCACAUUGUAAAUAGCCUCUAGCUGUGAUAUGUGUACAUAAAUAUUUGUUAAUUGUUUAUAAAAAACUUAUUUGAAGUUCUUUCAUGGUUAAUAGUGUUGUUUUCUCAGUCAUCGCAUCUGAAAUAACACCUAUAGAUAACUAUGCUGUGUAAAUUAAAAAUAUCAACAAACAUUCGAAAGCACUUCUCUUCUUACUAGGUAACACAUGCUAGGUAAACAUAUCACCACAAUAUAAAAUCAAUAACACAUUGUGAUCAUGUAUAAUUAUUCAGCAAUACUUUAUACAUCUCAAAGAUUACAUCUGUUUCACAAAAAGCUGUAUUCCGCCACCUUAAUUUUUGUUAUAUACUGCAUGGCAACACUCUGAUUGAAGUAAUUAGCAAGCUGACCAGAGACAGAAAAACAUGCAGCUGGGCAAAAAGUCAUAUAUUAGUGAACUAUGUAAUAAACCAUUUAAUAUUAUAUAGCAUUAUAUAUAUAUAUAUUAGCAGACUUCAUCUACGAUCAUGAGAAUUCAUACAAGAGAGAAAUCGUUUGAAUGUGAUUUAUAAGAUCAAGUCUUUCCGAAGCAUUAUCACUUAAAUGAACACAUGACUAGUAAUUAUAAUGCGAAAGAAAAGCUACCAAAGGAAGUUUAUAACAAUGCUUUAAUUUCACAAGUUUCUAAACACUAAGUUUCCGAUGUACAUUGAAUAUACAUUGUAUCCAAAAACUCGAUUUUGAUCAGAGUAAAAAAAAUUCAUGUCAAACGUCAAAGGAUUGUCAAAAUUCAAAAAUUCUCAUGUAGUUUUGCUCAGAAUCGUGUGUCAAUCUUCAUUUCAUUAUCACGGUCAUGCUUACACUAUAGUAAUUAAGACACCUAGAUAACUUUGAUCACUAUAACGUUACCAUUGAUUGUACAGCAUGGGCGAAAUAGUAGAUAAGAUAUGUUUAAUGGACAACUCGGUUAGUUUCAAGCAAAUUAAAUUAAUUUAUUCAUCAAGUAAUUGUUUUAGCUGUGUGAUAUUAGGGGGUAGAGAGCGUUCAGGAUUGUACUGUGUGAUUUUAUGCCCCGUUUUGUAUUACAAAGCACAAGAUGUAAGCACAUAAUUACCUCUGCACAUAUCAAGGUACAAAGGUGCAUAUGUCACAACCAUAUAAAAAUUAAAUCGACAUGAGCACAUGGGUAAGUCAGACGUCCCAAGUGUCCCGGUCUCACCGGGAUCGUCCCGGUGUCUCGUUAAGAGUCCAGAAAGUCCCGG